GAUAGCGCAGCCGCAGCUUCAGUGAGAUUCCUUUUCUCCGCAGUUCCCCUGUGGGUCUGAGGGGACCAGAAGGGUGAGCUACGUUGGCAUUCCGGAAGGGGAGGCUAUAUGCGUCAAUUCCCUAAAACAAGUUUUGACAUUUCUCCUGAAAUGUCAUCCUCUGUCUAGUCACUGCAAGUGCCUGCUGUUCCAGGCCUUUCCUGCUGGGCACUAACGGCGGAGCCAGGAUGGGGACAGAAUAAAGGAGCUACGACCUGUGGCACCAACUUGCACUCAGACCCUGAACUCAGACCUGAAAGCUUCUCUUCACGGGAGGCUUGGCAGUUUUUCUUACUCCUGUGGUCUCCAGAAUUCAAGCAUAAGAUGAAAGCCUCUAGUCUUGCCUUCAGCCUUCUCUCUGCUGCCUUUUACCUCCUAUGGACUCCUUCCACUGGACUGAAGACACUCAAUUUGGGAAGUUGUGUGAUCGCCACAAACCUUCAGGAAAUACGAAAUGGAUUUUCUGAGAUACGGGGCAGUGUGCAAGCCAAAGAUGGAAACAUUGACAUCAGAAUCUUAAGGAGGACUGAGUCUUUGCAAGACACAAAGCCUGCGGAUCGGUGCUGCCUUCUACGCCAUUUGCUAAGACUCUACCUGGACAGAGUAUUUAAAAACUACCAGAUCCCUGACCAUUAUACUCUCCGGAAGAUAAGCAGCCUCGCCAAUUCCUUUCUUACCAUCAAGAAGGACCUCUGGCUCUGUCAUGCCCACAUGACAUGCCAUUGUGGGGAGGAAGCAAUGAAGAAAUACGGCCAGAUUCUGAGUCACUUUGAAGAGCUGGAGCCUCAGGCAGCAGUUGUGAAGGCUUUGGGGGAACUAGACAUUCUUUUGCAAUGGAUGGAGGAGACAGAAUAGGAGGAAAGUGAUGAUGCUGCUAAGAGUAUUCGAGGUCAAGAGCUCCAGUCCUCAAUACCUGCAGAGGCAUGACCCCAAACCACCAGCUCUUUACUGUAUUAGUCUAGUAUUGGUCACAGUGUAUCUUAUUUAUGUAUUGUUUCCUUUCGUGAUUAUCUUUAUGCAUUCCCCAUCUUAAUUGAGACCAUACUUGUACAAGAUUUUUGUAAUAUCUUUCUACUAUUGGAUAUAUUUAUUAGUUAAUAUAUUUAUUUAUUUUUUGCUAUUUAAUGUAUUUAUUUUUGUACUUGGACAUGAGACUUUAAAAAAAUUCACAGAUUAUAUUUAUAACCUGACUAGAGCAGGUGAUGUAUUUUUAUACAGUAAAACAAAACCUUGUAAAUUCUAGAAGAGUGGCUAGGAGGGUUAUUCAUUUGUAUUUCAGUUAAGGACAUAGUUACUUAUUGCUAAUGCUGUGUGAGAUAUUUGAAAUUGAACCAAUGACUUCUCAGGAUGGGUUGUGGAAUAAGUUUUGAUGUGGAAUUGCACAUCUACCUUACAAUUACUGACCAUCCCCAGUAGACUCCCCAGUCCCAUAAUUGUGUAUCUUCCAGCCAGGAAUCCUGCAUGGCCAGCAUGUAUUUCUACAAAUAAAGUUUUCUUUGCAUA